AUGACUGCAAGCAAGAGCGAGAGCGAAUGGCAGGCGAUUCUGUCCCCUGAGCAAUUCCGUGUCCUACGGCAGAAGGGAACCGAGGCGCCAGGCACAGGCGAGUACAACAAAAAGUUCGACACGGGAGUGUACCAUUGCGGCGCCUGCAACGCGCCGCUCUACAAGUCCGCGACAAAGUUCGACUCGGGGUGCGGCUGGCCGGCGUUCUUUGACGCAAUUCCUGGCGCAGUCAAGCGCAACGAGGACCGAUCACUAGGCAUGGUGCGCACUGAGAUAGUCUGCGCCAACUGCGACUCGCACCUGGGCCACGUAUUCAAGGGCGAGGGCUACAAGACGCCCACAGACGAGCGGCACUGUGUCAACAGCAUCAGCCUAAAGUUCCACUAA